AUGGCAUUUUUGGAAGGAAUCCACCUUUUUCGCUCGUUGACACGAGGAAAAUCCUUCCAAAAAGAAAUAAAAAAUAAUAAUAUACAGAAAGAUACUGGUUCUCAUGCUUUUAUUGAAGCGAACAGUGUAAAAACACCUUACACAGAAUAUGCGAGUAUUUUAAAAGAAUUGACUAGCACAGAGUUAAAAUAUGUAUUAGAACUAAAGAAGAUAUUAAACGAAAUCAUACUUCCAAUUGAGAGCCAAAGCUUGAGCCAAGAAGCAAUAGGAAUCUGCACAUGUGUAAAAACGUUGACUCGGUUUCAUGGUAUUUUACAUGGCGAAAUGCUAAUUACUAGAUCACCAGUCUUGCUUCUUCUAAAAUAUUUACCAGUGUUUCGUGAUGUGUAUCAGAUGUACACGAUCAACUUGGCUGGAAUAUAUGAAGUAGAGAAAGCUGCUUCUCCAUAUACCAUUUGCGGAAAUCGGUUGCUUAUUCCACUGCAACAUUUGUUGCGAUACCCCAUGCAUCUAGCUCGAAUUUGUAAAUUACUUCAAAAGCACCCUUGGUUGGAAAAAAAUUUGUAUAUGUUCGUGCAAGCAUUAGAAGGGUUUAAACAGUUAUGCACAUUUAUAGACGAAGAAAAAGGCCGUGAUGAAGGUAACCAUCUUCUAAAGGAUCUUUGCAGAAACCAAGGCAUCGCACUUGAUAUUCCUCGUCAUAUUCGAUUUAAAGGACUGAUAGUCGUCGCUAAACCUAAAGUUUAUGACUUUAAUGCAUGCGUCUUUUGCGAUGAUGGAUUAAUUGUUUGGACAAAGCUCUUAGACACGAAAGAGAUGACGCCCAUCUCUAUUGAGCAGUGUUUAUACGUGUCACAAAUAUCCUUGUCUGUAGUAGUGGUUACCCUUACAUUGAAGGGCCAGCUGUUAAAACGACAUUUAGCCUUGCAUACCUUGGGCGCAUCUGUUUUUCUGAAAUGGUAUCAACAGAGAAGUAAACUUGAUAGCCCAAAAUCAAAUAACUUCUUCUAA